AAUUGUAAGACUAAUUUUGUAAUUUUGCCUCUCUUUCUAUCCUCCCCAAACCUUAUAAGUUAUAAUCAUCAAAGCACAGUGAGAAGAAAUAAGAGAGAGAGAGAGAGAGCCAAAAAUGGCAGCCAUGGCUUCUCUUUACCUGAAAACUUCCACCCAGCUCCCUCAUUCUUUCCCGAAAUUACCAAAAACCUUCGAUCCGCCUCUGAAUCUCCCCCGCCGGCGGCUCCCCGCUCCGAGAACCAGAAUCUCCGCUUCCCUGAUCGACCCGGAUGGCGGAAAGCUGGUCCAACUCUUCGUUAAAGAGUCUGAUAAAGAGUGGAAAUUGCAGCAGGCCUCACACCUGCCGAAGAUCAAGCUUUCAAAGAUUGACCUUCAAUGGGUGCACGUGCUCAGCGAGGGCUGGGCCAGCCCGUUGAAGGGGUUCAUGAGAGAGUCCGAGUUCCUCCAAACACUUCAUUUCAAUUCCCUCCGGCUCGAAAACGGGUCGGUUGUGAAUAUGUCCGUGCCCGUCGUCCUCGCCAUCGAUGACGCCCAGAAGAGCCGGGUCGGAUCGUUUACCAGCGUCGCGCUUGUUGAUGAGAAGGACGACAUGGUUGCCAUCUUGAAUGACAUUGAAAUCUACAAGCACAACAAAGAAGAAAGAAUAGCAAGAACCUGGGGCACCACAGCACCUGGUCUGCCCUAUGUUGAGGAAGCCAUUACCCAUGCUGGAAACUGGCUUAUUGGUGGUGAUCUAGAGGUCAUAAAUCCGGUCAAGUACGACGACGGUCUUGACCGCUUCCGACUUUCCCCUGCACAACUACGGGACGAGUUUGAUAGACGGAAUGCAGAUGCUGUAUUUGCUUUCCAGCUGAGAAACCCGGUGCACAACGGCCACGCUCUGUUGAUGACCGACACUAGGCGUCGGCUUCUUAGGAUGGGAUAUAAGAACCCUAUCCUCUUGCUCCAUCCCUUGGGAGGUUACACAAAAGCAGAUGAUGUCCCCCUCAGUUGGCGAAUGAAGCAGCAUGAGAAGGUGCUUGAAGACGGCGUUCUGGACCCUGAGACUACAGUGGUGUCUAUAUUCCCAUCGCCGAUGCAUUAUGCCGGCCCGACUGAGGUGCAAUGGCAUGCCAAGGCAAGGAUUAAUGCGGGCGCCAACUUCUAUAUUGUAGGCCGAGAUCCGGCAGGCAUGAGCCACCCGCUUGAGAAACGAGAUCUCUAUGAUGCUGAUCACGGGAAGAAGGUGCUGAGCAUGGCUCCCGGGCUGGAGCGGCUCAACAUUCUGCCGUUCAAGGUGGCUGCAUAUGACAAGACUCAGAGCAAAAUGGCAUUCUUUGAUCCAUCAAGGGCUCAAGAUUUUCUCUUCAUAUCUGGCACUAAGAUGCGAACCCUUGCAAAGAACAGGGAAAGCCCUCCAGACGGUUUCAUGUGCCCUAGCGGCUGGAAAGUCUUGGUCGAAUACUAUGAUAGUUUAUCUCCGUCCGAGAAUGGCAGGCUGCCUGAACCUAUUCCAGCUUGAAAAACCAUUUUAUGUGUAAAUAUGCUUUGGAGAAACCUCGUACCUCUUCAUAUGUACCAUAUGUGUGAUUUCAUCAAACUUCAUGAACAGCUUCUCUUCAAGUUUCAACAAUAAUAAUACCAUCUAAGGCAGCAUGUGAGAAGAAUCGACAUUCUUUGCUCAAAUCUGUAACAUUAUGGUUUGAAAAGCACUCAUCUCAGUGCACAUUGUAUGAUACUGUGUUUUCUGCUUUCUGAAGGAUAGGACAUGAUUGUUGUAUGUUUCUCA